AUGACUCCGAUCUUAUCCUAUGCCGCCAAGCAUGGGGCCCUCACUUUCUUCUUCCUGCUGCUCCUCUCGCCGGCAAUCUCCCCCGUCGAAGCUCAGCCCACCCCCGACCCCUACCGCUACCAGCGCUUCAGCCCCUCCAUGGCCAUCAUCAUCGUCGUCCUCAUCGCCGCCCUCUUCCUCAUGGGCUUCUUCUCCAUCUACAUCCGCCACUGCUCUGACGCCCAAUCCGCCAGCAUCCGCGCCGGCGGAACCCACACCGGCCGCUCCCGCCGGGGCGUCUCCCGCGGACUUGACGCCGCCGUCAUCGACACCUUCCCCACCCUCGAGUACUCCGCAGUCAAGGGGCUCAAAAUCGGGAAAGGCGCGCUCGAGUGCGCCGUCUGCUUGAAUGAGUUCGAGGACGACGAAACGCUGCGUUUGAUCCCCAAGUGCGACCACGUGUUCCACCCCGAGUGCAUCGACGAGUGGCUGGCUUCGCACACCACGUGUCCCGUCUGCCGAGCUAACCUCGUCCCUCAACCCGGCGAUCCAAUCACCCAACCCACUGUGCUCAACUCGGAACAUGUACCGGUUGACGUCGAAGCUCAAAACGACGCCGUUGACUGGCCACCGGAAACAGACGAGGGCUGCCAGGAAACGGUAGAGCAACCCGAGUUGGUGAGCAUAAACCAAACGCUGAACCGGAACCGUACACGCGGAUCGAGAUCAAGCAGGUUGCGUAGGCUGUUCCCGCGGUCCCACUCGACCGGGCACUCUGUGAUUCAGCCGGGCGAGGAUACGGAGCGGUUCACCUUGAGAUUGCCGGUCGAAGUGAGGAAACAGAUCAUGAACCGGAAACUGAACCGGUCCGUAAGCUUGCUGGUGUUGCCAAGAGAAGGGAGUUCGAGGCGUGGGCCGCGAAUGGGCGAGAGUGGCGGUAGUAAUAGGUUGAUGAACUAUAGAAGGCUUGAGAGGUUGGACCGGGGUUUUAAAUCGGACAGGUGGGUGUUUUCGAGAACGCCGUCGUUUCUUACGCGGAUGUCGAGUCUUCUGUCGCCGAGGGCGGCGGCUAACGAGGGUGAGAAAGCGGUGGAGCCUGGGAUGUCUAGGAGUGGCUCGGUUCGGCCUCCGGUUUAA